AUGGAGGAGGGAUCCAGCUCGCCUGUGUCCCCCGUGGACAGUCUGGGCACCAGCGAGGAAGAGCUGGAGCGGCAGCCCAAGCGCUUCGGCCGGAAGCGGCGCUACAGCAAGAAGUCAAGCGAAGAUGGCAGCCCGACCCCAGGCAAGCGCGGCAAGAAGGGCAGUCCGAGCGCGCAGUCCUUCGAGGAGUUGCAGAGCCAGCGCAUCCUGGCCAAUGUGCGCGAGCGUCAGCGCACCCAGUCGCUCAACGAGGCCUUCGCCGCGCUGCGCAAGAUCAUCCCCACGCUCCCCUCUGACAAGCUCAGCAAGAUCCAGACGCUCAAGCUGGCCGCCAGGUACAUAGACUUCCUCUACCAGGUUCUGCAGAGCGACGAGAUGGACAAUAAGAUGACCAGCUGCAGCUACGUGGCUCACGAGCGUCUCAGCUACGCCUUCUCCGUGUGGCGCAUGGAGGGAGCGUGGUCCAUGUCCGCCUCCCACUAGCGCCGCGCCACCCACCUCCGGAC